GAUUAGACGACGCCCAUUUUGCUUCCACUGAUUCGGGCGUUGUGUUUGACGUACGUUCCCGCAGAAGAGGACAAAGAGCUGCAAUGGACGGUGAUGUUGCAGUUGGUGUGAAGAGAGGCUCAGAUGAGCUCAGUAUGUACGCUAGCAACCCUAGCUCUAUGGCAGCAAAUGGCAGUGACACUAAGAAACAGCGUCUGGAUGAGUCUCCUCCAUCGAGAGUUCUUCACAUUAGAAAACUUCCCAAUGAAGUAUCCGAGACAGAAGUCAUUGCACUGGGUCUUCCCUUUGGAAAAGUGACCAAUAUACUGAUGCUAAAGGGCAAAAACCAGGCAUUUUUGGAGCUCAGUACAGCAGAAGCUGCCAUUACAAUGGUGAACUACUAUGCAGCUGUUACACCACAGGUCAGAAACAGUCCUGUUUUCAUCCAGUACUCUAACCAUAAGGAACUAAAAACAGAUUCUGCGCUAAACCAGAGAGCCCAGGCAGUGCUGCAAGCAGUCUCAGCAGUUCAAGAUGGAAGUUCUCCAUCAUCUGACCAUGGAGUUCUGGACCUUGCUCCACCUCCCAGUCCUGUUCUGCGUAUUAUAAUAGACAACAUGUUUUAUCCCGUGACUCUCGAUGUUUUACAACAGAUAUUCAGUAAGUUUGGGACUGUGAUGAAGAUAAUUACCUUCACCAAGAACAACCAAUUUCAAGCACUCCUGCAGUUCAGUGAUCCUGUCAAUGCCCAGCAGGCUAAACUGUCUCUUGAUGGACAGAAUAUCUAUAAUUCAUGCUGUACUUUGAGGAUCGAUUUCAGUAAACUGGUCAAUCUGAACGUCAAAUACAACAAUGAUAAGAGUCGAGAUUACACCCGACCAGAUCUACCUACUGGAGAUGGAGAUUCAAACAAGGAUCAUUCUUUAUUGGGUACACCAUCUGGAGCGCUAGCGUCGUACUCAAGUGGGGCGGGUUACUCAUCCUCUCUCUCCCUCUCGCAGGGUGCAGGAGCCAUUAGCCCUCUGAGCGCUGCGGCAGCUGCGGCAGCCGCUGCAGGACGAGUUGCUCUGUCCGGGUCUGGAGUUUCAGGAGUUCUAUUAGCAUCCAACCUGAAUGAAGAGAUGGUCACGCCUCAAAGUCUCUUUACCCUCUUCGGUGUCUAUGGUGAUGUGCAGCGGGUGAAGAUCCUCUACAAUAAAAAGGACAGUGCACUUAUACAGUUAUCAGAUGGCAACCAGGCUCAACUGGCUAUGAGCCACCUGAAUGGUCAGAAGGUAUUUGGUAAAGUGAUGCGAGUGACUCUGUCCAAACAUCAAACUGUUGCUCUGCCCAGAGAAGGCCUGGAUGACCAGCUGCUUACCAAAGAUUUUUCUGGAUCGCCACUACAUCGCUUCAAGAAACCAGGAUCCAAAAACUUUCAGAACAUCUUUCCUCCUUCUGCAACACUACAUCUCUCCAACAUCCGGGACGGCAUCGGAGAGGACGACCUGCGUCUCUUAUUCUCCAAUGGCGGGGGGACGGUCAAGGCCUUCAAGUUCUUCCAGGACCGUAAGAUGGCCUUGAUCCAGAUGUCGUCAGUAGAAGAGGCCAUACAGACGCUGAUGGAUCUUCAUAAUUAUGACAUGGGCGGCAAUCACCACCUCAAAGUUUCCUUCUCAAAGUCUACCAUCUAAACUUGAGAGCCGACUUGAAAGUCCCGUGCCGAACAAGGAGGUCGCUGUCAUUGUACAUUAUCAAAUCCACACAAAGAGCGUCAAAUUUAAGAUUUCUUCCGUUUUUUUGACCAGUAGAAGGCCAGAAUGUUGUUAACAUUAUUAAAAGUCAAUACUAGUGAUGUUGUGCCUGCCUUGCUAGUGCCGUGCUCCUUCCUAAAGUGUGAUCCAACAUCACAACAGUUUGAGCCAGGCCUGCAGUCUGAGUAGACGCCAUGCCCUCUAUCCUCCUUUUUUUGGGCUUUGAGUCACUUGUCAGUAAACUGUAUGAUGGACAUGUAUGUCAUGUUAUAACUUGAACCUCUCAGCCCCCAAGUGAUUCUUUAGACACAGUGCUCAACGUUUAGCCAGGUCGGCAUUGAAAAUGACUUGGCGUUUUAAAGUCUUUCGAGCAGGCAGGGCUUGCUGUUAAUCUCGUGAACAACCACAAAUGAAACAAAAGGGGAAUACAGUACAUGGGAGUUACGUGUAUUACAUGAAUGAAGUUGACAUAGUCAACUGUAAUGUUUUGUUCAAGUCUUUUUGUAAAACUCUUCUGGAUGAGGUUUCAUCACGUGUUCAUGGUCUUGGUCUCUGGUUUUAGAGGAGACUGUUUAGAUCGAAGUACAUGUGCCUUUAGUUCGUUUGGAUCUAACACUUUUCUUGACAAUUUCAACAGAUUAGUUUAGCAUUAGUAUUUCCCCAUGCAUUACUUAGUUUUUACAUUCUGUUUUUUUUUUUAAAUGACCAACCAUUUGUGUUGCAGCUGAGGUCAGCUUUUUUUUGUCAUUUUUUCUAAUUGUAGCUCAUCUAUUUCUGUUGUGCGCAUCAAAGUUUUAUUUUAGGGAAUCCUACCAUUUUAUACUUAUAAUUUGUGAAAAAAAUCUGAUUAGCCCAUUUAUUUUGUCCUAUCAAUAAUUGAAUUUAAAUUGUGUUGUAUGUGUUUUCAGAUCAGGAUGUCUAUCCUCUCUGUCUUGGCUGUCAAUAAACUUAUCUUUGCUCUCCUU